AUGGACUACGAGUGCCAGUGUUCAGGCAACAAUAAUGGAUGCUCAAGUGCCAUACUGUUUAACAUCCUCAGCCAGGCAGACAUUGACGAGCCAGCCAAGAGCAAGCUCAACUACUUACCCCCCAAAAGAUGUCACUGUGAGAUGCACAGAAUUGUGAGACUCAAAACUCCAACGGAUACAUGCUGGGUUGCCUCCAGUGUCCUCGUGAAGACAGUCUACUUCAUGAAGAGUUUACCUGCUUUCCAGCAGCUGCCACCAAAGGACCAGCUUGUGCUGCUCCAGAGCUGUUGGGUACCGCUCUUCAUCCUGGGUCUGGCACAGGAGCAUGUUUGCUUUGAGGUGGAGGAUACUACUGCUCCCAGCAUGCUGCAGAGAAUCCUCCUGAACCACCAGGACAGUAAAGGGUCCGAUAGAGAACAGCCCACAAUGGCAGGGGUCCAGAAACUCAAAACCUGCCUGAAGAAGUUCUGGAAUCUGGACCUGAGCCCAAAGGAGUAUGCUUACCUUAAAGGCACCAUGAUAUUCAAUCCAGAUGUGCCAGGAUUACAGGCAGCACCAUUCAUCAACAGCCUCCAGCAGGAGGCUCAGAAUGCGCUGGGAGAAGUUCUGCUCCUUCUCCAUCCAGAGGACCAAAGAUGCUUCCCCCAUGUGCUACUCGCCAGCUCGUCCUUGAAGAGCAUCACUUCUGACCUCAUCACUGAGCUCUUCUUCCGGCCAAUUAUUGGAAAGGCUCAUCUCUUGGACCUGCUUGCUGACAUGCUCUUCAGUAGAUGCUGA